CUAUUGACUUUCACAAUCACAACGAAAACUUUGUUGCGGCACGUGCUGUUAUCGUAAUUUUCAGUCAAUUUCAGCGAAUUUUCCGUUCUUAAUCAUUAACGAUAAUACCCUCCAAAUGAUUGCUCUGAACGAUUCUUAGAAUUAAAUAUCAAGUCGUCAAGUGUCAUUCUUUCCUAUUUAGCUGCUUUGUAAUCACCACUCAAUUCUCGGACAUCCUUCUCAAGGACAUCAUGAAUGCGCUCUUCAGUCGCUGAUCAGCAGAUUUGAAUCUACUGAAAAGGUUACCAAGAAGGAAGAGAUUUGACAAUAAAUACAUAAGACCCCUACUCAGGCAAAUGAGAAGGACUGAACACAAAUAACCAGCUUUGGAAAAUUCUGGACAUUUCUUCUGAAUAAAGUAGAAUCGAAAUAAGGAAAAUUAAAAAAUAUUUUUUUAGACUUUCACUUCUAAGGAGUACUCAGGUGAGCAUUGAAUUUUUGACGUUUGAAUAUUUUUGUAAAAUGCAGGAUCAAACCGAUAAAAAAGGAGGUGCCUGCAAGGAAUUUUCUGCGGAAGACGUCUCAUCAGAAGAGGACUCAUCAUAUGAGGACUCAUUUGAUGAUGAUUGUUUUGAAGAUUCAUCUGAUGAAGACAUGUCAGAUGAGGAUUUACCACAGGAAUUACGCGACCUGGGAAGCAGUUCAAGAGCCGAUUUGCUUGCCAAGGCAACGGAGAGCAAAAUACAGCUCAUCAAAUCGCGAAUACAAGCAGGGGAAGAUUUAAACACAAAAAUGGAGGGAGGUAUGACUUUGAUCUUUUGUGCAAUUGCCAUGAAAAAUAUUCCUCUUAUAGAAGAAAUGGUCAGCCAUGGUGCAGACUUGAAUAUAAGAGCUGAUGAUGGAUCGACCCCUUUGUCUGCUGCCAUUCAGAGCCGCCGGUUCGACAUGGUCAGUCGCUUACUAGACCUAGGUGCUGACAUCCAAUUGAGGAUUUCCGACCUUCACCCUGAAGAUACUUACCUUCAUCGUGCAGCUUCAUGCGGAUGUGUAGACAUGAUCAUAUUAUUCAUCGAAAAAGGUAUUGAUGUUAAUGUGCGAAAUGGUUAUGCAGAGACACCGUUACAUUCAGCUGUUAGAUUCGGUGAGGCAGAAGCUGUAAGUGCGCUUUUGGUCAAUGGUGCAGAUGUCAAUGCUGGGGCAUGCAGUGUAUUCAAAGAGUUGCCUCCUGAUGAGAGAAAGCUCGGGUCAAACGUCACACCAAUAUUUCUGGCUGCCAUGUUUAACGAGCCUUCAAUUGUCAAAAUUUUGAUAGAAGCUGGUGCAGAUGUAAACGCAACUACAAGCAAGAUGUAUACCUCAUUACAUCCAGCAGCCCAAGAAGGGUAUUUGGACAUAGUUCGAAUGCUUUUGGAAAGAAAAAUCGACGUCAAUGUGAGAUCCGAAGUAGACCGCACAGCUUUAAGUCUGGCAGCAAGAAGUGGCCAUGUGGAGAUCGUCAAAGCCCUCAUGGAUGUAGAAGAUAUUGAUCUCAAUCCAGAAAGCUUCUUUGGUGAUACACCUUUAGUUUCUGCAGCAAUUUUUGGACAUAUGGAAAUUGCCAAACUUCUCAUCGCUAAAGGUGUUUCUAUUAAUGCUUCUGGGCCGGAGUUGCAUUGUUCACCUUUGAAGUCAGCCAUUAUCCAUGGUAGAAAAGAAAUGGCUGAAUGGUUAGUCUCAAAUGGUGCAAAGUGUCAAAAUUCAGAUCUCCCGCUAUUAACUCUUGAUUUUCAGAUUCCACUUGUCUUGCACCUUGCUGCAAGAAAUGGAUGGGCAAGAGUUGUGGAAAGCCUCAUCUUAGAUAGUUUGAUAGAUGUGAACGAACUAACGGAUGAUGGUGAAACUGCGCUACUUCUGGCCACCUCCUCUGGUCAUCUUGAGGUCGUAACGAUUCUCCUGAAAAAUGGUGCUGAUCCAAACAUGGCAGAUAAAAAGGGUCAAACACCAAUUUGGACGGCAGCCAACCGAGGAGAUGAUAAAAUGAUUGAACAGCUCAUGAUGCAUGGUGCCAAUGUGAAUGUAGUCUACGGAAAAAAGAAGGAAACACCAUUGUUCUCUAUGGUUCGUAUGAACAACAUUCCAAUGGCAACCCUUAUCCUAAAAGGGGUCGUCAAUAUCAAUUUGCAAAACAGCAAGACUCUUGCAGCUCUUCACAUUGCCGCUGGAAAAGGUUACUGCGAAAUGACAGAGCUGCUUUUGAAGUACAGUGCCGAUGUCAAUGUUAAAACCAAAGAAGGAUACACUCCACUUUUUCUGGCCGUUGAGCUUAAGCAUCCAGACACAGCCCAGAUUCUACUAAAACAUGGUGCUAAUGUAAAUCUAGCCUGCUGCUCCGGUGUCAUGCCAAUUCAUAGUGCUGCUUGUGAAUUGAAUAGGGAUAUGGUGAAAUUAUUGCUACAAUAUGGAGCUUAUUACAACAAGGAAGCCAAAGCCUUGAACUGCUGUGGGACACCAUUAAGAUUCGCACAUGAGGGUAAAGAUACUGAACUAAUGGCAGUGUAUGAGCUAAUUAAGAAACUGUUGAACGCAUCUUCAAAAGUGGAUGUUGAAGGAAUCAAGUCCUGCCUUGAAGCUGGUGCUAUCGUGAAUGCAAGGAAUGCAGAAGGAAUGACAGCUUUACAUUACGCUGUCAGUUGCAGUAAUAUAGACGCAACCAACUUGUUACUGGAAUACAAUGCAGAUGUUGAGUUAGAGACCAACAAAGGGAAUCGGCCUUUGGACAUUGCUGUGGCCAAAAACAACCAGGAACUUGUCGGUAUUCUUCUAAGGCAUUCUGAAAAACUCGACUUCCGCAAACGCAACCGUAUAGUAAAUGCAAAGACCCUGGAAGGUAUGACAGCCCUGCAUAUUGCUGCUGAGAAGAAUUGUGUGCAUAUUGUCCAGCUCUUACUUGGAAAUGGAGCAGUUUACAACAUCAAAAACAAUGCUGGGAUGACACCUCUUUCUCUUACUAAAAACGAAGUUAUCCAAAAGAUUUUGCUGUCAGUUGAAAAGUUUUUUGAAGCAGUAGAAAGUGGUGUUGAUCACUUAACAGAUGCUAGUCAAAUGUUAGAAGGGAAUGAAUCCAUUCUGAAUGCAAGAGAUUGCAAGGGCGGAGGUACACUACUCUAUUGGUCAUCUGCCAAAGGCCUUACAGCUAUUGCAGAGUUUCUUUUAGAUCGAGGGGUGGAUUGUUCGUUAGUGACAAACAAAGGCACAUUGCCAUUACAUAUUGCCGUGUCCAAGGGCCACACAAAAAUAGUGAGAGCCAUUUUGAACAAAGUGGCAAGUAAUGAUCCGAAAAAAGCAGCAGAGCUUGUUAAUACCGCCACAUCUGCUGGCACAGCACCUUUGCAUUUGGUGUCAAACACAGAAAUUGCUUGUUGUCUUCUUCAACAUGGAGCCGUGUAUACAGUGCAAAACAAAGAAAAUAAAUCAACAUUAGAACUCACUCAAGAUGAAAAUGUACAGAAGUUACUCCAAACUACUCACCAGCUAUUUCAAGACACAAUUAAAAGUGAUCUUGCAGUGAUGAGUGUGCUAGAUAGCCUAAGUCUAGAUGAGUUCAAAGCUGUUGCUGGUGCGUGCAAUGAAAAAGGUCAAACUCUUUUGCAGCACUUUGUAGUAAAUGAUCAUGCAGAAUUAGCGAGCAAUAUUCAGGAAAAAAUAGAUAAGUUUAUCACCAUGAGCCCUGGACGAUCAAGAAACAAAAUUCCAUCCAGUCAAUCAGCUGAAGGUCGGGCAUUGUUGAGACGUAAAAUAUUGUCACUCAUUCGAUCGGGUGGUGAUUUGAAUCAGGUGGUUUCACGGGAAGGAGACACUCCACUCCUUUGCGCAGUCUUGUGGGGAGAUCUUGGUCUCGUUGAAGAAUUAGUCAAAAGUGGAGCGGACAUAAACAAAAGAGCAACUGACAUUGAAACUUCUCCACUGGCACUAAGCGUAAGUCGGAAAGAAUUAGCGAUAUUUAAUUGCUUACUUAAUCAUGGUGCUGAUAUUCAAACAAAAGCCGUCAAUGGAGCCUCAGUGCUUCAUCUGGCAAUCCAAAAUAAUUUUCUAGAUGUGAUUGAACUAAUCCUUGACAGAGGAGUUGACGUCAAUGUACAGAAUGAUCAGGAAGAGACACCUUUGCAUUAUGCAGCUAUGUUCUCAAUUGCAAAAAUUGCAAGGUUACUCUUGGCGAAAGGUGCCAUUAUCAAUGCCAAAGGACACAUGGAUUAUGGUUUGUAUGAUGGCAAAUCGUCUCCGAUCACGAAAAAUGUUACCCCGUUGUAUUAUGCCGCAACUUUUGAUAACACCGAGGUUGCCAACGUCUUAAUUAAAGCCGGCGCAGAUGUGAAUGCUUGCACAAGUCAUGGAUGGACGCCUCUAAUAUCGGCUGCGCAAGGUGGAUAUUCGGAAAUGGUUCGAAUGCUUCUCCGUGCCAACGCCGAUGUAAAUGCCAAAACUAUUGAGGGUCAGCAGGCGGCGAUUCAUCUUGCAGCCAAAGAAGGUAAAAGAGAGACAGUCGAAACUCUCUUGAGCGUGGAAGGGAUUGAAACCAACUCAGCCUCUGCCCUAGGGUUCACUCCACUGUCUCUUGCAAUUCACUACAAUCGUCCAGAAAUUGCGGAACUUCUGAUAAGCAAAGGCAAAGCUCCUGUUGAUAAUCAGACUGGUCCACAUCAUUCCUGGAUGACAACUCUCCAAUUAGCCUACGAGCUAGGAAAUGAGGAUACUGCAGAGUUAUUGAUAAGAAAUGGUGCUGAUCUCACAGGGAAAGGCUGUUGUGCUGAGUAUUUUAAGCCCUUACAUGAAGCUGUUGAGAGAGGUUGGACCCGCGUCGUGGAGUGCCUUGCCUCCAAAGUCGAUGUGGACGAAAUUUCUGACAUUAGGACUUGUUUGACAGAAGGAAUUUACCAGGGUAAUAAGCAUAUUGUUGAAAUUCUUUUGAGGAACGGUGCCAAUCCUGAUCUAGAAGACAACGAUUUCGAUACGCCUCUUGACAAGGCUAUAGCAUCAGAACAAGAAGACAUUUUUGAGUUACUUGUUAAGUAUGGUGCUCACGUCAUUUCCGGAGACAAGUACAGCAAAAAAUAUCAGAAAAAAUUUCUGCUCCAUGCAGUCUCAAACAAUCGCAUUGAAGUAGUGAUUUCACUCUUGCGGCUAGGAGUCAAUGUAAAUUGUAAAAAUCGUGCUGGUGAAACGCCUCUGCAUAUUGCUGUUGAGUCAAAAUUCCAAUUACUCGCCACCAAACUGUUGGAGUUAGGUGCUGAUGUGAAUGCCCCUAAUAAAAGUGGUGUUCUGCCAAUUCAAGUCGCAGUCCAGGCCGGAGACAGGAACAUGGUGAAAAUUUUGCUCAGCCAUGGAGCCUACUGUAAUGUAAGCUCAGAAGCUGCAAAAGGCAGUGUUUUUGGAAUGACAGCAACCGAUACAACUGUUAUUGAAACAUUAGAACUGUGUAACAAACUAAUAAACUCUGUAGCUAAAAAUAACUAUCAGCAAACGGAAGAGUGCAUCCAAGCAGGGGUUAUUUUAAAUGCUAGAGAUGCGGAUGGCGCUACUGCCCUUUUAAAGGCAGUUCAGAGUAAAAGCAUUGAUACUGUCAAUUUAUUGUUGAAACACAAUGCUGAUGUUGAAUUGGGAACAAAAUCAGGCAACCCUUUGCUCAUCGCUGUAGCCAAUGGCGACGAGAAACUAACGCACAUUCUCCUGGAGUACAUCAAGAAACAAAACUUCAUCAAGCAGAAUUUCAUACUGAAUGCCACACAUCCGAUGGUGAAACAGCUUUACAUGAGGUAUGUACUGAACUUACUUGACCGUUUGAAAGUGGACGAGUUUAAAGCAGUUGCCGGUGCGCAAAAUAAGUCAGGGCAGUCUUUACUCAAAGAAAAAACUCUCCUCACUACAAUGUUGGGAAAAUUAGACCAAGAAUUAAGGAAUAAAGCUACAGGCACUAAACAACUCUCCCGCAAGAAGGCUGCAGAAGUCAGGAAGAUCAUGAGAAAAGAAAUACUGAGAAAAAUUAAAUCAGGCUGUAAUCUAAGCCAGGAAUUCCCCGGCUGCGAGGGAGCAACUCCAAUUCACUUCGCGGCUAUGUGGAAGGACCUUCCUCUGAUUCAAGCAAUAGUCCAGUCAGGAGUGGACAUAAACUUAAGAUCACACAAUGAAGAAGUAACCCCAUUAGAAGUGUCAAUGGCCCUUGAUGAUUUAAGUUUUACGAAUAGUUUGUUGAACAUGGGUGCAGACAUUAAUUCCAGGAAUUCGCGAGGGGACUCAGUCCUGCAUGCUGCAGCUGAAGGUGGAACCGCUCGCAUAGCUUCGUUUUUAAUUAGCAAAGGACUUGAUGUUAAUGUACAGAACUUUCAAGGAGAAACACCUUUGCACUUAGCAGCUAAAUUUAAUAACGCUAGUGUUGCAAAAGUACUGUUAGCAAAGGGCGCAAAUGUCAAUGCUGGUGCACAUGUCAUUUCAGAUUACAGUGAGUUUGGCAUGAAGAGGUCAGAAACUAAGGUUGAUAUUGGAUCAAAUAUUACACCAUUGUACUGGGCCGCAUCCUGUAGAGCUGAUGAUGUUGCCAAGAUUCUUAUCGAAGCAGGUGCAGACGUUAAUGCGCAAUCUAGCUUAAAAUAUACACCAUUGCAUAAUGCAGCACAAAGUGGGUCUAUGCCAACACUGCAAAUGCUUCUGAAGGCCAAUGCAAAUGUUAAUGUUAAGAGCACCCAAACAGGGCGGACACCGCUGCAUCUUGCAGCACAAAAUGGCGAAACUAAGGCUGUUGAAGCUCUACUAAACAUCGAAGGAAUUGAAAUCAACCCAGUUGCAAAUGGAGGAGAUACUCCCCUUAUGCUAGCAAUUUUAAAGAACCAUUUGGAUAUUGUCAAGCUUCUCAUUGGAAAAGGCACUCACAUUGAUGAUCUCGGUGGUCACCCGUACUUCCAUACUCCACUUCAAGAAGCUUUUCUUCACGAUAAGGGGGAUAUUGCAGAGUGGUUGAUUAAAAAUGGUGCUGAUGUCAAAGCCAAAGGUUGUUGUGCUGCCUCUUUCAAGCCCUUGCAUGAAGCAGUCGAAAAUGAGUGGGUCGGCGUAGUAGAGUGCCUGGCUCCCAAAAUUAAUGUGAAUUCAAGAUCAUCUAGUGGUGGAACUCCCUUACUCAAGGCAGUCCUCCAGGGCCAUCGCCGUAUUGUAGAAAUCCUGCUACGAAAUGGAGCAAAUCCUAAUAAAACAGACGAUAAGAAUCGAACUCCACUCUUCGUUGCAGCCGUCGGAAAUCAGGACAAAAUUAUCGAGCUCCUCGUAGAGCAUGGUGGUCAUGUAAAUACAGUUUGUGGGGAUGGCAAAAAGACUCCUUUAUUCUAUGCAACUUCCACAAAUAAUAUGUCUCUAGCCUUGUUACUCUUGCGUCUUGGAGCUGAUGCAAAUGUACAAAACUCCAAAGGUUUGACACCACUACACAGUGCUGUAGGGAGAGAAAAUUACGAAAUGGUGAAAUUGCUCUUGAGAUACAAUGCAGAUCCCAACAUCAGAGAAAGUGAAAAAGGUAAUACACCAUUUUAUGUCGCCGUUAAAUCUAAAUGUCUAGAUUUAGUAGAGUUAUUGUUGGAUUACGGUGCUGAUGCGAACGCUGCCAAUAAAAAUGGUAUCUUGCCCAUACAUGUGGCGGCCCAUGCUUUAGAUAAGGACUUGGUGAAAAUUUUGCUUAGUCAUGGAGCUUAUUACAAUGCAGAAUCAAAGGGCAGCAGUACUCCCUUAAAGUUUGCUAUGGUAGCGAAAGAUGCAAAACUGAUAACAAUGUUGGAGUUAAACAACAAACUGUUCAGUGCGAUAGCCAGGAACGACUCAUACCAAAUAGAGUGUUGUGUUCAGGCAGGUGCCAUCUUAAAUGCUAGGAAUAUAGACGGUGUGACUGCUCUCUACAUGGCUGUGCACAGUGGUAAUAGUAAUAUCGUCAACUUAAUGUUGAAACACAAAGCCAAUGUAGAAUUAGGAACCAACAAAGGCAAUCCUUUGCUCAUUGCUGUAGCUAGUGGCAAUGAGGACCUUAUUCAUAUGCUUUUGAAACAUGUGAACAAACUUGAACCAAUCAAAAACAAUAGAAUCAUAAACGCCACAACAUCACAAGGAUCAUCAGCGGUGCAAAUAGCAACAGAACUCAAUAAUAUGCAAGUCGUCCAACUUUUAUUGCAAAACGGAGCCAUUUUCAACAUCCAAGAUAAAAAUAACAAGACGCCCUUAUCCUCAGCAAAAGAUAAGAGCAUUGAAGAUUUAUUUAAGUCUCUUGAAAGUCUUUUUGAAAUAGUGAAAGACUGCUCGGACUCAGUGGAAGAAAUUUCAAGAAUUUUGAAAAAAAAUAAGUCUGUUUUGAACGCUAGAGAUGUUUCUGGAGGUGGUACGUUAUUAUACUGGUCAAUUUCAAAAGACCUUGCAGCGAUUGCUAAGUUUCUUUUGAAACAAGGUGCUGACUACUGUUUAGUAACAAACAAAGGGACAUCUCCAUUACACAUAGCUGCCUCCAAGGGAAACCUGGAAGUGGUCAAAGCCAUCGUUGCCAACGCAAUUGGUUCAAGUCCUGGAGCAGCGAGAGGUAUUGUCAAUGCAGUCACAGUUAAUGGUACAGCACCUUUACAUGUCGCUUCAAACAAAAGAAUUGUCUCGUGUCUUUUGCAGACUGGAGCCAUUUACAACAUCCGCAACAGGGAAAAUAAAACAGCACUAGAAAUAACGCAAGAUGAAGACACAAAGAAAUUACUCCAAACGACUCAUCAAAUUUUCGUAAGUAUGAAAACUGGCGACUUUCAAGUCAUGAACAUUCUCAAUGGCCUCAAACCGGAUGAUUUGAAUGCUGUUAUUGGUGCAAGAAACGCUGAAAGUCAAACUCUGCUGCAAGUGGCAGAGGCCAAUGGGCACAAAAAAAUUGCUAGAAGACUAGAACAAAAAAUUAAGGGUCUUAAGGCUUGAAAAUGCGUCAAGAAUUGGAUAUUUAUUCAGUUUCUAGGCAUCAAGUUCAGCCAGCACCUCUUAUUUUAUUAUUUAUAUCCUAUGUAUGUUCUGUGAACAUAUAAUUCUGUUUGAAAUAAUAGUACAUAGUUCCAGCAAAAGCUUUCAAUUCAUUGAAAUACUUUAUAAAGUAAUCUAUCUUAUGGUCGGACCGUGGCCCCUCUAUCAUUCAAAAUCACAUUAAAUAGGCUUCAAAACAAGGCAAACUUCAAGAUUUAAUGAUUUCUUAAAAAAUGCCUUGAACCUGCACAUGUUGAUUUCUGGAGUCACUCGGACCUAGAAGAAAAAAGAAAAAAUCAAAAAAAAAAAAAAAAAUCAAGACUUUGCAAUAGAAAAGUAUUCUUGUUUCAUUCAACAUUCAACUCUCUUGUUGAAAACGAUAAUUUUUCAGUAGGUAUCCAAAUGUUCAAUUCUGUGUUUUUUGCCUUUGAAUUUUUGUAUCAGUUCGCUCUGAUAAGUGUUCCGAGACGGUCGUCUCACAAAAAGUGGCUCUCUUAUCUAACCCAUUAAUCAACGCUGUGCUUAAGUAAGCGAGUGACUGUGUGAUAUGCCGGGCGGUGGCAGGGCCCCCCUCCACCAACCUGGCCCUCCGCGGCAGAGUGCUCCUACUGCUAAGAUAACCGCGCCAGCUACAGCGAAAAAGGAACACUUCGACCUUUUUGGCCCAGGUGUCACCCAGGAACAAAGGAACCAAGUGCUUCAAAGCUCAAUCGAAGAGUCGUUUAGAAAAGCCCGGGAGUCAUUUUCCUCAAUGAUUACUCAAAACAAAUUUGAUAUCCUCACAGAAGAAACCGAUAAGGAAAAAUACAAUUUUAAGCCACCUCCUAUUUUUAUACAAAUAGGAAUACAAUGUGCGGACCAUACUGUGUUAAUUGACUUACUAAAAUCUUUGAACAUUUGUGCUCCAGACUUUCUAAUCCAACUUGUGAACAAAUCACAGAUUAAAUUAACUCUCUUAAAAAAUGAACACUAUGAUCAAGUGAUAACUUUCCUACGUGGAAAAUCGUUAGAAUUCUACUCAUAUCAAAAACCCCAAGAUCGACCUUAUCGCGUUGUGUUGCGUGGAUUACCCAUCAAUACCUCUGAGUUACAAAUUGCAGAAUUUCUCAAAACGCAUGGACAUGAACCUGUGCGCAUACACCUUUUAAGACACUGGAAAACAAAAGAACCUAUCCCCAUUCGUGAAAUCGAUUUAAAAAAAGCUCCCUCCAAUAAAUUUGUAAUGAACAUUAAAUCAUUCUACUGUGAAAACCAACAUUUCAAAAUCUCUUUUGAAUCACCUCGCCCUAAAAAGCAUGUAAUCCAAUGUUUAAACUGCCAGAAAUAUGGGCAUUCACGAAACUUCUGUGCUCGUAAACCAGCCUGCGUUAAAUGCGGUCAAUCGCACAAAUCAGAUCUGUGUGACAAACCUAAAGAAGCCCCCCCCACCUGUGCUCUAUGCGGUAUCACUGGACAUACCGCAAACUUCAAAGGAUGCUCCAUUUAUCAAGCGAUUCGAAAAAAACGCCUCGCAGAAAGCAAAACAGCUUUCAUCAACCACCAACCCAUUUCGCAAGUACAAAUCGGCCUUAAUUCAAAACCAAAUAAUGCUACCAGGACAUACGCUUCCGUAACAGCUGCAUCUAGAGGAGAAAACAAUAUCACCUAUUCAUCAGAUGUUAUCAAUCUCUUACUACAAUCCCAAUCUCAAAUUAAUCAAUUAAUUAAUCAAAUUUCUAAUCUUUGUUCUCUCAUAACUAAAUUACUCAUGGCGCACGUUCACCCUUAAUUGCCUGUUCCCUCUUUUCAAUAUUCUUGUCAUUUCUAGAAAUUUUGGCUCCUGUCGCUUGCGCUUGGCUGGGGGGUAUCCCGUCGCGCGUGGGUGCGGUGCCCCUCCCGUCGGCGGGGGGCCUCUCCCCCUUUGCUUGGUGACAGUCAGUGCAGGUGCGUUAGCGCCUGCCGCGCAAAAGUAGUCAGGGUGACGGCCGGCUGUCGUCCGGGCUCUGGGGGUUGGGGGUCCCUGGCUGUAUGGAUUGGGGGCUCGUCUUUCUCCCUGCGUGCGGGGGGUUGCGCUCUCGGCUGGGCGUGGGCUUCAGGAGUCAUUUUUGUGAGACUUAGGUCUCUAUUUUCUAUGAAUAAUUAACUACUCUGUCGUUAAUUUUUACUCUUUUAAUUACUAGUAGAAGAAAUGAAUGUAAUAUCCAUUGUGAUAGUUUUCAAUAAAUUUAUUAGAAAAAAAAAAAAAAAAAAAAAUUUUUGUAUCGAUUUUCUAAACUCUCAACUGCAAGCUAUUUACUUUAGACCUAUUUCCUGUAGUAUACAAAUAUGUUUUUAUCAUCCCGACCGGGCCGUGAGAUAAAUCACCUUGAAUCUUAUCUUGCAAAAAUACUAGGUAAUAAGCAGAAUAUUUGAUGAUGCAAGAUAUUGUAUUUUCUUGUCAGAUUUUAUUUUUAUGAAAUGGACGAAUGAAUUAUGCUCACAAGAAAGGACUGAUUCAGAAUUUUUAUUAACUGUGUACGAUUUUUUUCAACCCUAUUUAGAAAACUCAAAAAAUGUUAAACUGUUGUAUUUUAAAGAUUUUUUUUUACUAUGAUUAUUAUUAUUCAUAAUAUUUUUUAUUAUUUAUUAUUAUCAUGUAUUUAUUUUAUUGAAAAUUGUAAAUGCAGCGUUGUCAGAAUCUCUUCCUCGGUAAAGAAUUGUGAUGUGACUGCAAUGAAAAUUGUUGUUUGUUGAUAUACCAUCAGGUCUUGACUCAAGCUUCUCAUAUUUCCUUUCAAAGCCAUACAUUUUCCAAAGUUAGUUGAACAUUUUUACUAAAAGUUGUGGUGAAUUUUUAAAGAACGCCAAAAGAUCUGCUGUUUUGUUCUUACAUUGAAAUUUAAUAAAAGAAUCAAUGCAGCGGAUCUUCCAUCACACUUGAAAUGUCAGCCAAUUUAUUUGGUGUGAUCUCCAGGAACUAUUUCUUUUGUUUUGUUAAUAUUCCGUUAACAGGCGUAACUUUCAGGGCAUCUUCAGUUGUUACCGGACCAUGUAAAUAAGAACUCAAACAAAGGUGCUUAGGAUACUUAAAUACGCUAAUAAUAACGUGAUAUUGUUCAAUUUAUUUUUUGGAAUUUGAAAUGAAAAAUAUUUUUUUGAUAGGCUGGUUCUGAUGGCAUUUUAACCAAUCAUGCUCCAAUUUUAAAACUGAAUUGUAAGGAAGUAAGAAACAUAAGCUUAUCCGUAGAAAAUCGACCCCUCUGCAACUUUCAUUUUGAACCACUUUAAUGAUACAGUGUAGCUUUAUUGAAUUGUAAUCUGUGUAGUUUAAGAAUUUUUACAGAGGGCCAAUAGGUGGAUGGACAUAUAGUUUGACAUCUCCAACUUUUUGAUUGGUCGAAGAGUUUUAAGAUUUUGAUGUCUUUAAAGAUGCCCAAGUGGGUCAUCUAAGAAGUGCAUGCGUCUUCCAAUAUCCAAAAUCAAUCUCUCGGCUGAAAUAAGAUUUCUUUAGUGGGCCUUUUCCUUGUAGGAAUUAAUGUCUUGUUCCUUUUGCAGUAUUUUUCACAGCAUCUAACCAGUAACUUUCUCAGAGUUCCCUUGAGUUCCCUUUUGUGUAACUUGUCACAUAUUCAUUUUUUUUUCUUUGUCUCAAAAAGAGGUAUUUUUUUUACUAUAAGAAUACUCUAAACUCUUUCUCAUGUUUCGUUUUAGUAUACAGGAGUAACUCUCUAUUCAUAACUUUAAUGCCCUGUCAUUUUGAAUGCCAUGGAAACCUUUUGGUGUAUUUUUUUGUAUUAUGUCGUGAAUGCAGUUUUAAUGAAUGUUUUUUUUCUCGACAUGACAUCAUCGUCUUUUUCAAUGAUUUGUGUAAUUUUUUUCUUUUCUUGCAUGUUUUUAUUCUUGAUUUUUGUUUCGUUUGCUCUCAAGUAUAUCAAUUCCAUUUUCACCCA